UUUAAGCAAGUUCAUUUCUUCUACCCAAAUAGACCAAAACAAAUGAUCCUGACAGGCGUAAACCUACAAAUUGAUGCUGCAAAGGUUGCUGCAAUAGUUGGAAGAAGCGGGUCUGGAAAGUCCACCAUCAUUAAAUUGAUUGAGAGAUUCUACGACACAUCAAGUGGUUCCAUUGACGUUGAUUCAAUCAACAUCAAAAGUUAUAACCUGCGGGCCUUAAGGUCGCAUAUCGCAUUGGUAAGCCAGGAACCUACUCUUUUCGCAGGAACAAUCCGCGACAACAUUGCAUAUGCAAAGGAGAACGCAACAGAAGCAGAAAUAAUCGAAGCAGCAACUAUUGCAAAUGCUCAUGAUUUUAUCAGCUCCAUGGAGGAUGGAUAUGAGACCUACUGCGGCGAAAGAGGUGUGCAACUAUCAGGAGGACAAAAGCAAAGGAUAGCUUUGGCACGAGCAAUCUUAAAAAAUCCUACAAUAUUGCUUUUAGAUGAAGCAACAAGUUCAUUGGAUGUGAAUUCAGAGAAACUUGUGCAGAAGGCAUUAGAGAGGACCAUGACUGGCAGGACAUGCCUGGUUGUAGCUCAUAGACUAUCUACCAUCCAAAAAGCUGAUAAAAUUGCUGUGAUUGACCAAGGAAGGAUCAUAGAAGAGGGCAAUCAUUUUGAGCUAAUAAAUAAAGGAGAAAUGGGUGCAUAUUUCUCACUUGUAAAACUCCAACAACUUUCUGCCAUGUGACAAUGACCCUACAUGCCAUGGUGAAAAGAGAACCACGAUCGAAAGAUAUAUCCAUGCUAUGUUUAACACCC